AGGCUGACAAAAAAAAGAAGAAAUAACCUAUAAACUUUGUUAGUUUAAGUAACUCCGUUUUCCUACACUUUUUUAUAGCUCUACAUUAAGCAUAUUUUGACGUACCUUGUCAGUUUAUAAAAAAUUUUGAAAGUAAAAAUGCACUAUUUUUGAUUAACUGAAAAUGAUAAUCGAAAUUUACGUGUCAUGAACCACACACAAUGCUCGAAGAUGAGCUCAUCAAAAACGGACAUAUUAAUUUCGAAUCUCCAUUAAUGGUAAUAGUAAAUACUCUUUUAUGGCGUUUCGCAUACAUAAUUGUGGUAUUUUUACUUCCUAAGAAAAGCCCUGAAUAUUGGUCAAGAGUAAUAACGUUUGUCCAUGGUCUAGUAGCAGCUUUCGUCGGUAUUAACCAAUGCUUUGUGACAGACUCUCCAUUCGAACACCCAGAAUGGCGUACAAAUUACGUCCAAUCAAUAUUAUUAUCGUUUAGCGCGGGCUACUUCUUACACGAUUUAAUUUGGAUGAUACAAUACGAUCACGACAAAUUAAUGAUGGCGCAUCAUAUCUACAGCGCCAUAGCUUUGAUGAGAAUGUUGUUUAAAGGUUAUUCGGGUGCACAAGCCACGUGUUCUUUGGGAAGCAUGGAAAUAACCAAUCCCUUUCUCCAGAUGAGGUGGUUUAUAAGAGCGGAAGGGAUGUACCCUUCGAUAUUAUUUACCUCGGUUGAAACAACGUUUGUUAUUGUGUUCGUAACGGUCAGGAUUCUUUUAGGGAGUUUUAUAUUGAAAACUAUAAUAAUGCAACCGAAAAACGAUUGGGAUUUUAUAAUAAUGUCGAUCGUCAUCUAUAUUUUAUCUUGGUUGUUUUUGAUAAAUAUUUUUAAAUAUUUACUUGUCAAAUAUAAAUUUGUUAAAGAUGACAAUAAAAAUUAUUAGCAAAAAA